ACACUGUGUUGUUACUGAUUAUGAUAAAUUAAAACUGUUUAAUUAUAUUGUGGUAUAUUUUUUCUGUGACAUAAAAUAAAAAAUAAAAUUGAGUUAAUAAGAGAAAAAACUAGAAAGCCAGCACCGACCCAGCCAGAAAGAAACAAUCUCAUAAAACGACAUUGUUGAUAUUUUUUCACGGGUGUUAAAAUACACCACAAUAAUAUUAUGCAGUUUUUUUUAUUAAUUGUUGUUAAUGUCUCGUAACAAAUAUAAAUAUACAUUAUCAGCAUAUAUAUUUGUGUACGAAACGAAUUAGAGUAAGCUAGAGAAGAGAAGAGUCAUUGAAACUAGAAAAUUGUUACUCAUGGCGAUUGAGGCAUGGUUCAUGGAUGAUAGCAAUGAAGACCCAAGGCUUCCUCACCAUGGCAACUCCAAUGAAUUUGUUUCCUUGGACCAAUUAGCAGAAUUGGGGGUUUUAUACUGGAAGCUGAACCCUAAUGACUAUGAAAAUGAUCAAGAGUUGAAGAAGAUUAGAGAAGCCAGGGGAUACAAUUACAUGGAUCUGCUUGAUUUAUGCCCAGAGAAAGUUGAAAAUUAUGAAGAGAAGUUGAAGAACUUCUACACUGAGCACAUUCAUCAGGAUGAAGAGAUUCGUUAUUGUUUGGAGGGAUGUGGCUACUUCGAUGUUCGAGACAAAAACGAUCGCUGGGUUCGCAUUUGGAUCAAGGCCGGUGAUCUUAUCAUUUUACCAGCUGGAAUCUACCACCGGUUCACUCUCGACACAAGUAACUAUGUGAAGUUAAUGAGGUUGUUUAAAGGCGAGCCAGUGUGGACGGCAUAUAAUCGACCACAGGAAGAUAACCCUGCAAGAAAGGAAUACAUUAAGGUCUUCAAUGAGAAAACUGGAGUGCCACUUGCAGCUCAUUAGGACCCUCAGAACAUAUGCAACUAUAUAUCUUCUUUUAGACAUUAUAACUUUAUAGUUUGUGAUGGAACUGUUUGUAUGUUAUUGUAUAGAUUUUUUACUCUAAAAAUAAGACCUAUCUAUGAACCUAAAACAGAUCAAACAUGGGAUGAAGUUGUCUUAAAUAAUCUUAAGAGCAUUAGUAAAUGUUAUGUCAUAUGUUACGUUGUACCAAAAAAAAUGUUAUGUCAAUGUUCAUAUUUGUCAGGCAUCGGCGAAAA